AUGGCUUAUAACGUUUAUUUCUCUGUGCUGUUUCUUCUUCUUCUUCUUAUCUCCUUCUACAGUGAGUGUACUUGUUCUGCAUCUAUCGUCAAGUUUCUUCCUGGUUUUGAUGGCCCUCUUCCUUUUGAGCUUGAGACAGGGUAUAUUGGUGUUGGUGAGGAAGAGGAAGUGCAACUGUUUUACUAUUUCAUCAAGUCUGAGAGGAAUCCUGAAGAAGACCCUCUUCUUCUAUGGUUAAGUGGAGGACCUGGCUGCUCUUCUAUCUCUGGUCUUCUUUAUGAGAAUGGGCCUAUGACUGUGAAACAUGAGGUUUACAAUGGAACUCUUCCUUCCUUGGUUUCUGCUACAUAUUCAUGGACAAAGAUUUCGAGUAUAAUAUAUUUGGAUCAGCCUGUUGGAACCGGCUUCUCCUACUCAAGAACUCAACUUGUUAAUAAAGCCAGUGACACAGGAGAAGUGAAGAGGAUCCAUGAGUUUCUUCACAAGUGGCUAGGCAAGCAUCAAGAGUUUCUCUCAAACCCUUUCUAUGCUGGUGGAGAUUCUUAUUCCGGUCUGAUCAUCCCGGCUCUCGUUCAAGAAAUCUCAAAAGGAAAUUAUAUAUGUUGCAAACCUCCAAUAAAUCUUAAGGGCUAUGUUCUUGGAAACCCAGUAACAGAAUAUGAAAUCGAGCAAAACCAUCGCAUUCCAUAUGCGCACGGUAUGGCAUUGAUCUCAGAUGAACUCUAUGAGUCAAUGAAGAGAAUCUGCAAAGGAGAAUAUAUAAAUGUUGAUCCACGUAACGCAGAAUGCUUGAAACUCGUGGAAGAAUAUCAAAAGUGUAUUGGUAGAAUAAACCUACCACUUAUAAUAACGCCACUCUGUGAAAAGACAUCUCCUGAUUGCUAUGAGUAUCGAUAUUUCUUAACAGCCUACUGGGCCAAUGAUGAGAGGGUGCAGAAAUCACUUUUUGUCAAGAAGGGGAGUAUAGGGGAAUGGGUACGUUGUUAUCUGGACAUACCUUACACUCGUGACAUCAAAAGCAGUGUGCCGUACCAUAUGAAUAACAGCAUUGAUGGCUACCCUUCUCUCAUCUAUAGUGGUGACCAUGACAUGGUAGUUCCUUUCCUUGGAACGCAAGCUUGGAUUAGGUCUCUUAAUUAUUCUCUCAUUGAUGACUGGAGACCUUGGAUGAUAGGCGAUCAAAUCGCGGGAUACACGAGGACUUAUGCCAAUAAGAUGACAUUAGCUACAAUCAAAGCAAGUCUUGACACACAGCAGAGUAUAAACCAGAGGAGAGUUAUAUCAUGUUCCAAAGGUGGAUCAGUGGUCAGCCUUUGUAACAUGAUGUAACCAGAGUUGCUAUUCAGAAAGCAACUUAAUACUAAUUCUAUUUAAAGUUUUUUUUUUCCCUUUGUUGGAAAACUAUUUGUGGCACAAAAUGUUCAGCAGUUGGUUGACGUUUUUGUUGUCAUUUUUUCAUGGCCUUUACAACUUCUAUUUCAUGUUUCUAUAAAGCCACAUUUCUCCAAAGUAUAUGUUCUCAUAGCUGUUUUUUUUGUUGUUGAUUGGUUGAGCUAUUGGUUGAUGCUAUAAUUAAUCACAAAUGUGUA